CUUUCCUGCUCAGCUUAUUGACUCAGUGGCUGUUGCUAACAAAACCCAGAGGUGUGGCUAGUUGAGACGCAUUUGUUGUACCUGACUGCUCUGACCUGUGUGUCUCAGUCAGAGGGGCAAAGUGAGAAAGGAUCUAUUUGCUGUGAAUUUGAACGUCAGAGAGGGCAGGAAGGCUCUUCCUUCCUUCCCCUCUGCCCAGGGGCUGCUCAUGGCAGGACAGACAUCCCCUUCAGACUGUUCUCACCUCAUUGACCAAAGCCACAUCCCUGAGUUUGAGGUGGCUGCUUGGGUCAAGAUCACUUUGGCUUCAGUGUAUGUCUGCAUCUUUAUUGCGGGCAUCUUGGGCAACAGCAUCACUAUCAAGGCCACUAAGAUCCUGCAGAAGAAAGGCUACCUGCAGAAGGAGGUCACGGACCACAUGGUGAGCCUGGCCUGCUCUGAUCUGCUGGUCAUCUUUCUGGGCAUGCCCAUGGAGUUCUUCAGUGCCAUCUGGAGCCCCUUUUCCACCCCUAACGGCAACAUGGCUUGCAAGCUCUACUACUUCCUCUUUGAAGCCUGUAGUUAUGCCACUGUGCUGCAUGUGGCUACCCUCAGCUUUGAGAGGUACGUGGCUAUCUGUCACCCCUUCAAAUUCAAGGCAGUCUCUGGACCCCGGACAGUGAAGCUGCUCAUCGCCUUUGUCUGGGGGACAUCUGUCAUCGUAGCUCUGCCCCUGCUUUUUGCCAUGGGCACAGAAUAUCCCCUGGAAACCAUAGAGGGCUACCAAGGUAUGACUGCCUGUGUCAAGCCUGUGCCCAGGCACCACCUCCCUGAACUGAAGCAGAAUAUGACCAUCUGUACCAGCCUCUCCUCCAAGUGGUCUGUCUUUCAGGCCAGCAUCUUCAGUGCCUUUGCUGUGUACAUCAUAGUGCUGGGAUCUGUCGCCUUCAUGUGCCACAGCAUGAUGAAAACCCUGAUGAUCCACAAGGAAGGAACUGUGGCAGUGAAGGGUGGACUAAGACACCAGGAGCAGUACCUAAGAAAAAGUGAAAGCUCGGAGGGCAAGAGCUCCAGGAGACAAAUCAUUUUCUUCCUGGGGCUGAUUGUUGCAACUCUGGCAAUAUGCUGGAUGCCAAACCAGGUUAGAAGGAUCAUGGCUGCUGCUAAACCAAAGCAGGACUGGACUGUCCCCUACUUCAGAGCGUACAUCACUCUUCUUCCCAUUGCUGAUGUCUUCUUCUACCUCAGUUCGGUGGUGAACCCCCUGCUGUACAACAUCUCUUCUCAGCAGUUCCGCAGUGUGUUUCUGCAGGUCCUCCGCUGCCGCCUGACAAUACAGCAUGCCAACAAAGAGAAGUUUCUUAGGGCCAACCUGAGCUCCGGAGCAAGAAGCAGCCGGUCUCUACGCUCACUACUCUUCACUUCAUCUAGGCGCAAUUCUUCUACAAGAGGCAAUAACAAAGUUUUCUUCAGUACUUUUCAGAAUGAUACCAAGCCUGACUGCAGUCCACAGAAACCAGGUCUUGAACCACCGGAGCACAGCUUGGAAGUAGUGCCACUAGAGACUAGCUCAGAGCUCAGUCCAGACACACAAAACGGCCUUUGUGAACAUCAAGUAUGA